AUGAGCGGCUGCUCCAAAAGAUGCAAGCUUGGGUUCGUGAAAUUUGCCCAGACCAUCUUUAAACUCAUCACUGGGACCCUCAGCAAAGACAUCACCUGGUGGUAUUACCAGUAUCAGAGAGAUAAGAUUGAAGACGAGUUGGAGAUGACCAUGGUUUGCCAUCGGCCUGAGGGACUGGAGCAGCUUGAGGCCCAGACCAACUUCACCAAGAGGGAGCUGCAAGUCCUUUAUCGAGGCUUCAAAAAUGAGUGCCCCAGUGGUGUGGUCAAUGAAGAAACAUUCAAGCAGAUCUACGCUCAGUUUUUCCCUCAUGGAGAUGCCAGCAUGUAUGCCCAUUACCUCUUUCACGCCUUCGACACCACGCAGACGGGCUCCGUGAAGUUCGAGGACUUUGUAACCGCUCUGUCAAUUUUACUGAGAGGAACCGUCCAUGAGAAAUUAAGGUGGACAUUUAAUUUGUAUGACAUCAAUAAAGAUGGAUACAUAAACAAAGAGGAGAUGAUGGACAUUGUCAAAGCCAUCUAUGACAUGAUGGGGAAAUACACGUAUCCUGUGCUUAAAGAAGACACUCCAAGGCAGCACGUGGACGUCUUCUUCCAGAAAAUGGACAAAAAUAAAGAUGGCAUCGUGACUUUAGACGAAUUUCUUGAAUCCUGUCAGGAGGAUGACAACAUCAUGAGGUCCCUCCAGCUGUUCCAAAAUGUCAUGUAA